AUCACCAUCAUCAUCACCAUCAUCAUCAUCACCAUCAUCACCAUCAUCACCAUCAACAUCACCUUCAUCACCACCAUCAUCAUCACCAUCAUCACCAUCAUCAUCACCAUCAUCAUCACCACCAUCAUCAUCAUCAUCAUCACCAUCAUCAUCACCACCAUCAUCACCACCAUCAUCACCAUCAGCAGGCUUCACUGCAGUCGUGGUUCCCUCUGUGACCUUUUCAAAAAGGGGUCAUUGUGGAGGUUCCAGUUGGUUUAAAACAUCUGAAAGGAAAACACAUUCUGAGCAUGAAUUCGGGGCUAAAACGUGUCCAAUAAGAGUCAGUGGUUUGAUUUGUGUAAAUUCAGGAGUUCUUGACGUGAUAAAAACGUUAAGAACCCAGCCACAGAGGACAUCAGAGAUCACUCCUGGGAGAGUAAAUGUAUUUUAUGUGACACUAGUUGACUUCACCUCUGACACGUCAGCCUCUGAACGCAGCAGGUCGAGUUACACACACCCGACAGUGAUACAGCCUCAUUAAUAUCCCGCUUCUCAUCUAUUAUUACUCAGCUGCAGGUCAGAGUGAGCCUGCAGGUGAAGCAGUCAGUCGCACACUCGCUCGGGCAGCGCAGACGGAGACAGGAUGGACAGGAUGGACAGGAGGGACGUCUCUGUGCUGCCCAACAAUAACCACCCGGACAAGUUCCUGCAGCUGGACGCCAGGACUCUGCCUGGGAUGUUCCAGGUGGGAGCGCUGGUUUCCAGUCAGAGACACUGGCACAACAGAGUCUACUCACAGAGAGAGCGCAGCAGGUUGAAGCCUGACAGCAGGCCCCCCCCCCACUCCCCAGAGGACACCCGGGUGGUGUUUGUGGACAGAUACCUGGAGAAACACAUCACGCCCUUCACCUUAAAGUCCAACAUUAAGAGAAACCCUCUGUACACGGACAUCAGAGCCACGGACACCGGAGGAGACGGCAAGAAGACCAAACCGUCCUGGACCGUCAGAGAGUUCGACACACAGACGAUGCACGGAAACCUGGGAGAUUACUUGAAGGAGGAGGAGAAGACGGCUAAAGAUCUAGACUUUUGGCUGGAGGAUCUGUACACGCCGGGAUUCGACUCUUUGCUGAAGAAAACAGAAGCCGAACACAAACGGAGAAAACUUUGUAAGAUUCUGUCUGCAGUUUUCCUGUCGGUUUGUGCGAUUCUCGUCGUGAUCAUCGUGCCAGUCCUCGUUCUCCAGAAGAAAAACUGAAGGACGAGGACAACAUUGAAGACCUCUCCUGUCAAAACCAGAGACUGUAAAUAUUACUGGACGAAGCCUGAGUGACGUCACCCGUCUGUUCCUGCAGGGGGCGCUGGAGUCCCAUCGAUGGCGGUCUCCAUGCUGGAAAUGCUGUCUCAGUCUAACUUUCAGUCAACCUAACGACAGGCUGAGAGCUGGAGCUGAGGCGGGUUUUAAAUCUCCUGACAAACCGUUACACCGCGCCCACCUGUCAAUCAGGUCAGCUACACGCCUUAUUGUGAAUAACUCUUAUCCUUCAUCAAAUCAAAACUGAUGAGUCAUCAAAACAUUCACCCCCCGUACAGUGUGUGUCGAUCGAGA